AUGGUAUGUAAUGUCUGUGUCGAUGUGUCACAGUUCCUGCUUCGAGAGGGCGCCCGCAAAGCCCUCAUCUUGCAUCCACUCCAGCGUCGCCCUCCCAACUCCCAGGCACUCACCCUGCACACGACCCUGGGCGACCUCAAGCUGGAGCUGGCCUGCGGCGACUGCCCCCGCACCUGCGAAAACUUCCUAGCCCUGGCAGCCAGCGGCUACUACGACGGCACCCUGUUCCACAGGAACAUCCGCGGGUUCAUGAUACAGGGCGGCGACCCCUCCGGCACAGGGAAGGGGGGCAAGAGCAUCUUCGCCACGGCUACCGGCAAGUUCCCGGAUGAGCUGGUGGACAGCCUGAAACACUCCAAGCGCGGCGUGGUGUCCAUGGCCAACUCCGGCCCCAACACCAACGGAUCCCAGUUCUUCAUAACCUACAAGGCGCACGCCCACUUGAACGGAAAGUACACCGUGUUUGGGCAGGUCAUCGAUGGCAUGGACACCCUGGAUCGCAUGGAGAAAGUGCCGGUGCUCAACUCCUGCCCCCGGGUGCUCAUGGAGGAGAUAGCGCAGCAACUUCGAAGAAGGUGUGCCUGGCUUGCUUUCGAGGAGCAGCGAGAGUACAAGCGUGCCAAGGCCCUCAACAUCAUGGGCCGCCCCGGGUCGGUGCCGCCCGCCUCGCCGGGAGUGGGGACGCGCGACGGCGCAGACGCUUUCUGCCUGGGCGUCCUGCAAGACAACACCUCCCCCGGCAUCUUCGAGACGGGUCCCACGGCAGUGGCAGAGCCGGAUCCUGGCCGUGUGCCGAUCGCCGUCUUCUCCGGCGACGUCCUCCUGCUGAUUUGGGGGCUCAGCUGGUGGGCGCUGAGCUACUCCCCUUUCAAUGUCGUCGGCAGGCUGAUGGACCUCCGCCCCGUUACCACCCUGGCCAACGUCGCGCUUUCCAUCCUGCGUGCUGGGAUCAUCGCGCAGCGUGUAGACUACAUGGUGGCGACAUACCCAGGGCACAACAUCGCCGCGAUCGUCAUCGCCAUCAUCGCCUCCUCCGGGGGCGGCAUGAUCGUGGACGCGCUGGAUAUCGGCGCUGGGUACUCCAAAGGCCCUGCUGAGCUGGCGACGCCUGGAUUCGUGCUGCGCUCCGGCGCCUUCCUGGCCAUCUUCCACCUCGCCAGCGUGCACCUCCUGGGGCUGCUCAGCUCCCGCGCCUCGUUGGGCGUCAUCACCACCCUGUUUGUCGCACACACGCUGGCCUCUGCCAUCCUGCAGGCCCCCCUGGACUACACCCGGCCCCUGGGCAUCCUGCUCCACAAGGUGACCAAUAUCCCUGUGCCGGUCGGGGGAAAGACCAAGGCCCCGCCGAGCAAGCCGGUGACGCGGAGCCAGGCAGCGCUGAGCAAGGAGGUGGACGGGCACCAGGAGCAGUACCCAUCCACGCCCUCGUCGAGCAAGCAGACACCGCGGCGUAGGACCACCGCCGGGAAGCGGGAGUGA